AUGGCUGUCCCCAAUUGUGAUGAGCAAUAUCCAUGUACCAACUGUACCAAACAUGCUAUUCAAUGCUCCUAUGUUGAGCGUGACAUAUCAACUCCCGCCGAGACUCCAGCUACUCGGUCAGAGUCAUUGGCAUCGUCGUAUGGACCUUCGCCAUUGAACGCGGAGUCAUACCCGGUAACUCCCGCUGGGAGCUCAGGGGCUGUGGGUGAUACCAAGCCCAAGUCAGAGAGUAGAUCUGGUCUACUGCAAUUCCUGUCAGACUCGCCAGGUGAAAUUCCGUUGUUGAACACAGAUGACUGGGCAUCAGAUCUUGAACUCAUGCACCAUUACUGUACCGUGACAUGCAACACACUGACAAUCCGCGAAGACUCACGGCAUGUCUGGCGAGUUAUUCUCCCAGUGGAGGGAUAUUCCAAUCGAUAUUUGAUGCACGGACUGUUAGCUCUGGCUGCCCUGCACCGCGCCUAUCUCUUCCCAACCCAGAAAGAAAGGAACAUCAAGGCGUCUGCCUACCAUCAGGCAGCCGGGCUAAAAGAGUUCCGGGAGCUCAUUUCCUCCCCAAUCGACCCUAGCAACUGGCAGCCUGUUUUCUGCUUUGCCUCUAUGAUCAUGGUAUAUGUCUGUGCCUCACCGGUCCGACUGGGCGAGGAUCGUUGGCCAGCUCCGAUAUCAAAUAUGGUAGAGCUCUUCUCCGUCGUCCAGGGAUUACAGACUCUUAUGGAGCCAUGGCUGCACUCUCUUCGAAGAACUCGGCUCGCACCGCUUGUUAACUGUGUCUGGCUUGAAAGUGAAAUGCUUAUUGCAAGCCCAGCAGGCAUGCAGCAAUCUUUACUUCCUCCCGACAUCCAGGUUCGGAUAUCACAACUCCAUCGGUUUGUUGACGAUUAUCCAUUCCCUCAUAUACAACCGCAGUCUCACCAGAACUUGAGCGCUUCGGAUGGAUUACCACGUCCUCCAGAUCACCUUGCAGACUACAAGCGCUCACUGAAGUUCUUUGAGAACUCAACUCGUCAGAUAGAGCUCGCAGGGCCCCAUGUGGAGGUUGGAAUGGUCCUAAUGUGGGCAUACUCGCUUUCCAAACACUUUCGAGAUGACAUGGAAGCAUGUCAUCCUGCAGCUCUUGUGCUGCUGAGUCAUUGGUGUGUGCUGCUGCAUAUUGUUGACGAUUCUUGGUUCAUCAAAGGCACUUCGCUUCAAUUGCUGGAGGAGAUUGAGCUCAAGCUCAACCCCGGUUUUAAAGAGUGGCUAAUAUGGCCGAAACGAUGGGUCUUGGGGAAAUGA